GAUGAAAUACAUAAAAUUCGUCUCCUUCUAUUGAGUCUCGGUGAGAUGAGUCUCAGGCAGCAUAUUUCAGCAUCAGAUAUAAAAUCUCUCAUAGCCUUUUUUGAAAGUAGCCAGGACAUGGCAUGCAUUGAAGAUGUUCUGCAUAUGGUUAUUCGGGCUGUUUCUCAGAAACAACUGCUUGCAUCUUUCCUUGAACAAGUCAAUAUGAUUGGUGGUUGUCACAUAUUUGUAAAUCUUCUUGAAAGGGACUUCGAGCCCAUCAGGCUACUAGGUCUGCAGUUCCUUGGACGACUGCUGGUUGGUCUUCCGUUAGAGAAGAAAGGAUCAAAAUUUUUCAGUAUUGCUGUUGGCAGAUCUAAAUCUCUCUCAGAGGGCCUUAGGAAAGUUAGUUCAAGGAUGCAACCCAUUUUCUCGGUUAUAUCUGACAGACUGUUUAAAUUUCCUCAGACAGAUCUCUUGUGUGCAACAUUGUUUGACGUUCUGCUUGGCGGUGCCAGCCCUAAACAGGUUCUACAGAAGCAUAACCAACUCGACCUUCAGAAAAGUAGCAGAAAUAGCUCUCAGUUUUUCCUUCCUCAGAUUUUAGCCCUUAUUUUCAGAUUCUUAUCAGGUUGUAAGGAUGCUCCUACAAGAAUAAAAAUUAUUAGCGAUCUACUUGAUCUUCUCGAUUCGAAUACUACAAACGUUGAAGCUCUAAUGGAACACGGGUGGAAUGCAUGGCUGGAUGCCUCCGUGAAGCUUAAUGCAUUGAAAAACUACAAAUUGGAGUCGAAAAUUAACAAUGAUACUGAAACUAGCGAGCAAAAUCUUUUGAGGAGUUUCUACUGUGUUGUUCUUUGUCAUUACAUGCAUUCUAUAAAAGGUGGCUGGCAACACUUGGAGGAGACCAUGAACUUUCUCCUUGUACAUUGUGAACAAGGUGGAAUUGCUUUUAGGCACUUCCUUCGUGAUCUGUACGAGGACUUAGUCCGCAAGCUGUUAGACUUAUCUGCGGUGGGAAACGUUCUUAUCACUCAGCCUUGUCGAGACAACAUGCUGUAUCUUUUAAAACUUGUUGAUGAGAUGCUUCUUUCUGAAAUGAAGUAUAAUCUUCCGUAUCCAGCCAGCAACACAGAAUUUUCUUCAGAGUUCUUAGAACUAGAACAUCUGAAAGACCUUGGUUCUGCUUUACUUGAUGCCCUUCAAGGAGAACCUGAUGAGAAGCAAUCGAGGAAUCAUGUUUCCAAGCGGCCUGACGUUAAUGAAGAUGAGAAAAUUGACGACGAGUGGUGGAAUUUAUGUGACAAUCUUUGGAAUGCUAUAAGUGAGAUGAAUGGCAAGGGACCAAGCAAGAUGUUACCCAGGUCCUCACAGUCAGUAACACCAUCACUUAGCCAAAGAGCCCGUGGCUUGGUAGAAUCACUGAAUAUACCAGCUGCAGAAAUGGCUGCAGUUGUCGUAUCAGGGGGGAUUAGCAAUGCUUUGGCUGGAAAACCCAACAAGCCUGUUGAUAAGGCUAUGCUUUUAAGAGGGGAAAAGUGUCCAAGAAUUGUAUUUCGGUUGAUUAUCCUAUAUCUUUGUAAAUCAUCGCUUGAACGAGCAUCUCGAUGUGUACAACAGGUUAUCCCCCUUCUGCCUUGCCUUCUGACUGCUGAUGAUGAGCAAAGCAAGAGCCGCUUGCAGCUUUUUAUUUGGGCAUUACUCGCAGUUAGGUCUCAUUAUGGGGCGCUGGAUGACGGGGCUAGAUUUCAUGUUAUAGCUCGCAUGAUUCGAGAAACUGUCAAUUGCGGGAAAUUGAUGCUAGCUACAAGUAUUGUGAGCAGAGAUGAUUCUUUAGAGUCAGGGAGCAGUACUAAAGAGGGAAGCACCAUUCACAAUCUGAUUCAAAAGGAUCGUGUGCUUUCUGCGUUUGCUGAUGAAGUAAAAUAUGUCAAGAGUUCAAUAGCAGAUAGGACCAUGCAGUUGCAUGAGCUUCGUGUUAGGUUGGAUGAAACUGCAAUUGCAGAUUCCAACCAAAAGAAAGCUUUUGAAGAUGAAAUGCAGAGUAGUUUAAAUGUCAUUCUUGCCUCCGAUGACAACAGAAGGAGUUCUUUCCAACUAGCAUAUGAUGAACAUCAGCAAAUAGUUGCUGGUAAAUGGAUUCACACUUUUCGCUCUCUCAUUGAUGAAAGGGGUCCUUGGUCAGCUGAUCCAUUUCCAAACAGCACAGUAACACACUGGAAACUUGAUAAAACAGAGGACGCAUGGCGUUGCCGUCAAAAGUUGAGACGGAAUUAUCAUUUUGAUGAAAAGCUUUGUCGUCCUACCUCUACCACACCUAGCGUUGUGGCUCUUAAUCCUUUCAAUGAUUCCAAAGCCGGUUUUGCAGCACAUAUUCCAGAGCAAAUGAAGAGGUUCUUGCUGAAAGGGAUAAGGAAGAUUACGGAUGAGGGUUCAUCUGAAUUGAAUGAAAGUGAGAGCGAACUUAGUGGGCAAAAGCCUGGCUCGGAGGACUUGUCAGAUAGACAGUAUUUGGAGGUCGUAAAAGAGAGUGGUGAUCUGAAGGACAUUGCUAAGGAAGACUUAGAUUGCUCCUCCACGCAGAUGGAAUCAGAAGAUAGUGAGGUUCUCAUGUCAGUCCCCUGUGUCCUUGUUACACCAAAGAGAAAGUUAGCUGGACAUCUAGCAGUGAAAAAGAAAUUUUUGCAUUUCUUCGGUGAGUUUCUGGUCGAAGGUACAGGAGGGUCAUCCGUUUUCAGAAACUUUGACUCUUCUGGGAAGUUUGAUGUCAACAAGUCUGAUCAGUUAGGGGGACUACAAAAUCACAAAUUUCUCAAAUGGCCCAUCAGUUUUGAUUUAGAUUGUGAGAGAGGAAGAUCCAUUAAUAGCAUUGGUGCUGUUAAUAAUGAUGCGCAUCAAAAGCAUCCUAACAAUAUAAAUCGGCACAGGAGAUGGAGCAUCUUCAAGGUAAAGGCUGUCCAUUGGACUAGAUAUUUGCUAAGAUAUACAGCAAUUGAGAUUUUCUUCAAUGAUUCCACUGCUCCUGUAUUUUUUAACUUUGCGUCGCAAAAGGAUGCCAAAGACGUUGGAAGCUUAAUAGUUAUAAACAGAAAUGAGAGUAUGUUUCCCAAGGGUUACAGGGACAAGGCUGGAGUUAUUUCCUUUGUGGACAGACGUGUGGCAUUGGAGAUGGCAGAAAAUGCUAGAGAACGCUGGAAGAGGAGGGAGAUAACAAACUUUGAGUAUUUGAUGAUCCUGAACACUCUUGCUGGUAGAUCUUACAAUGAUUUGACCCAGUAUCCCGUGUUCCCUUGGGUUCUGGCUGAUUAUUCUUCGGAGACUCUUGAUUUUAACAAAUCUUCGACCUUUAGGGAUCUUUCAAAACCUGUUGGAGCACUGGAUAUUAAAAGGUUUGAGGUCUUUGAGGAUAGAUAUCGUAACUUCUGUGACCCUGAUAUUCCCAGUUUUUACUAUGGUUCUCAUUACUCGAGCAUGGGAAUUGUGCUAUUUUACCUCCUGAGGUUGGAACCUUUUACAGCCCUCCACCGUAAUCUUCAGGGUGGCAAAUUCGAUCAUGCUGACCGGCUUUUUCAUAGCAUUGGAGGAACAUAUCGGAACUGCCUUUCUAAUACAAGUGAUGUGAAAGAGUUGAUUCCUGAAUUCUUUUACAUGCCAGAAUUUCUGAUCAACUCAAACUCAUACCAUUUUGGUGUCAAACAAGAUGGAGAACCAAUAGGUGAUAUUUGCCUACCGCCAUGGGCCAAGGGUUCUCCCGAGGAAUUUAUUUGUAAGAACAGAGAAGCCCUUGAAAGCGAAUAUGUGAGCUCAAAUCUCCACCACUGGAUUGAUUUGGUGUUUGGUUACAAGCAGCGGGGAAAACCAGCAGUUGAGGCAGCAAAUAUUUUUUAUUAUUUGACAUAUGAAGGGGCUGUGGAUCUGGAUACCAUGGAUGACGAAUUGCAAAGGUCGGCAAUAGAAGAUCAAAUUGCCAACUUUGGUCAAACACCAAUUCAACUUUUCCGGAAGAAACAUCCUAGAAGAGGACCUCCAAUUCCAAUUGCCCAUCCUCUACGAUUUGCUCCUGGUUCUAUUAACCUAACAUCAAUUGCUUCAUGCGGAAGCAGUUCUUCAUCAGCUACUCUGUAUGUUAAUGUGCUGGACUCAAACAUUGUCCUUGUGAACCAGGGCCUCACCAUGUCGGUUAAGACAUGGGUGACCACCCAGUUGCAAUCCGGUGGGAACUUCACCUUCUCUGGCUCACAGGAUCCUUUUUUCGGUAUUGGUUCUGAUGUUCUUCCCCCUCGGAAAAUUGGGAGUCCUUUGGCUGAAAAUAUUGAGCUUGCAGCACAAUGCUUUGGAACAUUAUCAACAACAUCUGAAAAUUUUUUGAUAACAUGUGGUACCUGUGAAAACAGCUUUCAGGUUAUAUCGCUAACUGAUGGCAGAAUGGUGCAGAGCGUUAGACAACAUAAAGAUGUUGUGAGCUGCAUUGCAGUUACAUCUGAUGGAAGCAUCCUGGCUACUGGAAGUUACGAUACAACAGUAAUGAUCUGGGAGAUUUUUCGCAUUAGAACCCCUGAAAAACGAGUAAAGCAUACUCAAGCAGAGAUUCCUAGAAAAGAUAGCAUCGUUGCCGAAACCCCUUCCCAUAUUUUGUGUGGUCAUGAUGAUGUUAUUACGUGCUUGUAUGCAAGUCUUGAGCUUGAUAUAGUUAUAAGUGGAUCAAAAGAUGGAACUUGUGUUUUCCAUACGCUACGGGAUGGGAGAUAUGUUAGAUCCCUACGGCAUCCAUCUGGCAGUCCAUUGUCAAAGCUUGUUGCAUCACGUCAUGGGAGGAUUGUUCUUUAUUCUGAUGAUGAUCUUAGUUUGCACCUCUAUUCUAUAAAUGGGAAACACAUUUCGUCUUCGGAAUCCAAUGGCCGCCUGAACUGUCUUGAACUGAGUAGCUGUGGUGAGUUCUUGGUUUGUGCUGGAGAUCAAGGGCAGAUCAUUGUACGUUCUAUGAACUCACUUGAGAUUGUGGGCAAGUACAAUGGAAUCGGGAAAAUAGUAACUUCACUAACUGUGACACCGGAAGAAUGCUUUGUUGCUGGGACCAAGGAUGGAAGUCUUCUUGUUUAUUCGAUAGAAAAUCCUCAACUUCGUAAGACUAGCUUUCCGAGGAAUUCAAAAUCCAAAGCUUCUGUGACAUAGCGAAUUUGCAGUUCAGGGCUGCAGUGUAAAUUUAACAAUAUCAUCACUGAAGGUGAUGCCGAGUUGAGGGUGAAAUGAAGCACAUUAAGUCAAGACGGACAGCUAUAUCAUUGGAGUACCUGAUUGGGGUUCCAUUUUUUGAAGAGGAAAAAAUGGAUCUUUCUUCAGUAGUUAUUAUAGCAGUAUCCGUGGUAGGGUUCUUUGAGCCUCAACUUGUAGAAUGAUAAAGAAUGGCAGAAUAUAGCCCCAUCUCAACUUGCGAUACUCAGCUAUCUGAAAGCAGUUGCCACCACCUAAUGUACAGCAUUUUGUGCACAUUUUCUUUGUGAUAGGCCUCAAAUGUUGUAUUAACAAUAGUAAUCAAACAGCAUUGAAAUUAGCACCUUGUGAUUGCGAUCAUUGGGUGUUUAGCCCCAAAUGAUUUUUGUAUAGAUGGGCUUCACACCCUUAGAAGGAAAACUAUAUAUUUAAUAAAAAUUCAUUGUGAUUCCCCUGUUCUCUCCA